CAUAAAUUCAUGCCAGGCUCCUCUACCAUCUCCCAAAAUCAAAGCCAAGGGUUUAGGUCGGAGUUGAUUAGAUGGGGAACAAGAUUACAGACGAAUUGAUAACUGCCGUACGGUCUGUAAUUUGUAAUGAUUUCACGGAUAUGGAUAUUAUACGUGCCCUUCACAUGGGUAACAACGAUGUCACUGCUGCCAUUAACAUCAUCUUCGAUAUGCCCAAUUUCGGCAACAAAGAAAGAAUUGAUGCUCGGAGAAGCCCCGAAGUUUCAUCACGAAAUUCGAAGCCGGAAAUGAAUGUGUCGGUGACACCAGAGAGAAUUAGAAAUGAGAGUCGAGAUUGCUCAUUGGGUUCUGAAUUGAGUGGGGCACGUAAUUGUAGUAUGCCCGAGUGUACCCUUGAAUCUGCAGAACCAGUGAGACUGCAGCCGUCUGCGUCGAAUUGCACUGAAUGGUGGUUUGUUGGCAGCGCUGAAUUAGCGGCUUUGUCGACCUGCAAAGGAAGGAAGCUUAAAGCUGGUGAUGAAGUGAUAUUCUCAUUCCCCUCCAAGCAGUCGAAGUCCCCCUCGACUGCCAAAUUCCCUGGGCGAGGACGAGUGGCAGCAGCUUGUUCAGAAAUUGUGAGGUUCUCUACAAAAGAUUCAGUAGAGAUUGGGCGCAUUCCAAAUGAAUGGGCUCGGCGCCUUUUGCCACUAGUGAAUGAUAGGAAGAUCCGUAUAGAAGGGUGUUGUAAAUUUGCUCCAGAUGUCCUCAGCAUUAUGGACACAAUCCUUUUGUCAGUCAGUGUGUAUAUUAAUAGUUCUGUGUUUCGUAAGCACCACCAUAUUUCGGUGAAGUUGGCACGCAAUUUCAAUGAGGAAUCAGUUGUGCAUCCUCUUCCUACUUUGUUCAGGUUGCUUGGACUGGUCCCUUUCAAGAAGGCAGAGUUCACCCCUGAGGAACUUUACACGAGGAAGAGACCCUUAGAGUCAAAGGACAGUUCUGUAGUUCAUGCUUCAUUAUUUCACGCCGACAAAUCUAAGAAGCCCGCUGUUCAUGGAAGCAUUGUUGAAAACAAUCAGGAGUCCAUCUCAAAUUCUGAUCUUGAAAAUAUUGUUGGUGUUGGGGACACCUCUGAGCUAGAGGAAAGGGACCCCCCAAAUACAUUACUGUGUGAACUAAGGCCUUACCAGAAACAGGCACUCCAUUGGAUGAUCCAACUGGAGAAGGGAGGAUGCUUGGAAGAGGCAGCGGCGACUAUGAUGCACCCAUGUUGGGAUGCAUAUUACCUUGGAAACAGGAGGGAUCUUGUUGUCUAUUUGAAUGCGUUUUCUGGAGAAGCUACAACUGAAUUUCCGAGCACCCUCCAAAUGUCAAGAGGAGGAAUCCUUGCAGAUGCAAUGGGGCUUGGGAAGACCAUUAUGACAAUAGCUCUUCUGCUUGCAUAUUCUGACAGAGGUGCAUCAUCAAGUAAUCAUCCCAUGAGUCAGGUUUCCACUGAAAAUAGUGAAGUCAGCAGUGCUUCAGAUGGAUCUCCAAGUGAUUCAAAGAAAGUUACAAAGUUUUCUGGUUUUGAUAAGCUGAUGAAAUCUAGGACCUCACUUAUUGGUGGUGGAAACCUGAUUGUUUGCCCCAUGACUCUGCUGGGCCAGUGGAAGGCAGAGAUUGAAAGUCAUGCAAAACCUGGAUCUUUGUCAAUUUAUGUUCAUUAUGGUCAAAGUAGACCCAAGGAUACAAAACUUUUAGCAGAGAAUGAUGUUGUUCUCACUACCUAUGGUGUGUUAGCUUCUGAAUACUCUGCUGAGAAUGCUGAAAGCAGUGGUGGACUUUAUUCGGUCAGGUGGUUUAGAGUUGUUCUUGACGAAGCUCAUACUAUUAAAUCUUCUAAAAGCCAAAUUUCGAUUGCUGUGGCUGCUCUAACUGCUGAUCGUCGGUGGUGUCUUACUGGUACCCCUAUUCAGAAUAGCUUGGAGGACAUUUAUAGUCUCCUACGAUUUUUGAAGGUCGAACCUUGGGGCAACUGGGCCUGGUGGUAUAAACUCGUUCAAAAGCCUUUUGAGGAGGGUGAUGAGCGAGGAUUGAAGCUGGUCCAGUCUGUAUUAAGGCCAAUCAUGUUAAGACGAACAAAGUUUACCACGGAUAGAGAGGGCAGGCCAAUUCUGGUUCUCCCUCCAGCCGAUGUUCAGGUAAUUUAUUGUGAACUCACAGCAGCUGAGAAGGACUUUUAUGAAGCUCUUUUUAAAAGAUCAAAGGUGAAGUUUGACCAGUUUGUUGAGGGAGGACGAAUCCUCCAUAAUUAUGCUUCCAUUUUGGAGUUACUUUUGCGUCUUCGCCAAUGCUGUGACCAUCCAUUUCUCGUGAUGAGUCGUGGUGAUACUCAAGAAUUCUCAGAUCUCAAUAAGCUUGCAAAACGUUUCCUUAAAGGUGGUGAGGAUACCCCAGAAGUUCCAAAGAAUGUGCCCUCAAGGGCUUACAUUCAGGAGGUUGUGGAAGAGCUGCGCAAAGGAGAAAAAGGAGAAUGUCCAAUCUGUCUUGAAGCUUUUGAAGAUGCAGUUUUGACACCUUGUGCCCACCGUUUAUGUCGAGAAUGCCUCUUGGGAAGCUGGCGAAGUCCUACUUCUGGUCUUUGCCCUGUUUGUAGGAAAACCAUCAACAGACCAGAACUUAUUACUGCCCCUACUGAUAGUCGAUUCCAGAUUAAUGUUGAGGAAAAUUGGGUGGAAUCAUCCAAAGUUUCUGUUCUUCUGCAGGAGUUGGAAAAUCUUCGCUCAUCUGGAUCCAAAAGCAUUGUUUUUAGUCAGUGGACAGCAUUUCUGGACCUUCUUCAAAUCCCUCUAUCUCGAAAUAACUUCCCGUUUGUUCGUUUGGAUGGGACCCUAAAUCAACAGCAACGGGAUAACGUAAUAAAGCAAUUUUCGGAGGACAGUGACAUCCUGGUGUUGUUGAUGUCGUUGAAGGCCGGUGGUGUUGGAAUAAAUCUAACAGCAGCUUCCAGUGCUUUUGUUAUGGAUCCAUGGUGGAACCCUGCUGUUGAGGAACAAGCUGUCAUGCGUAUUCAUCGCAUUGGUCAAACUAAAAGGGUAAUGAUCAGACGAUUCAUUGUGAAGGGAACAGUCGAAGAAAGAAUGGAGACAGUGCAGGCCAGGAAGCAACGGAUGAUCUCUGGUGCUCUAACCGAUCAGGAAGUUCGUACUGCACGCAUGGAGGAAUUGAAAAUGCUCUUCACAUAGAUCAGAAUUGGUCAUCAUGUUCCAGGUGUGAUCUGGUGUGGAGUGAAUUGUGGUAUAACCUCUGCUUGCAAGUAUUGUCAAGUAGAAACCCAUUUUUGAAUGCAGCAACAAACCCAAGAUGCCUGGCACCAUGUGACUAGAUUUAUACGAGUGGAUUGAUCUCAUUACUUUUUUAUAAGUUAAUCAAUCCCAUUCUGGUAUUCUUACCACAAGGAUGGUGAAAUGAGUGGUGGGUAUACUGUCACAUCGUGCUGCAAUUCUAUUUUGCAAACUGGGGAUGUUGCGAGUGCCAAUCCUAUACUUUGCUGACAGGAAAAAAAUUAGUGUCUUUUUUCCUUUCAACAUUCUUUCUACAUUGAGGAUGGCUUUUGCUGUAGCAAUGGUAUCCUAUGUCUUCGCUGAACGAGCAACAAAAGGAACCUUGUGAUAUUGUUCUAAAGUUAUGUAUUUUCUGAGAUAAAGUAAGAAACAAUACAUAUCCUUAUUUAAGAUCCUUAGACGUCAGUAUAUGGGGAUUUCAAUUAAAUUUCAUGAUAAA